UUGCGGGAAAACAAGCCUAAUGCUAGGAGAGGGAGUGAGCAAAGAGAAAUAAGGUCAAAAUAAGGUAGCAAGUGAAUAAGGUAAAGGAACAGCAAAAAAGAAGAGUUCAGUGGGCAGCAGCAGUAAAAGCUCUGCACCGUACAAUCUUCAGAGAGAAAGAAAGGGAGAGGGAGAGUGUCAGGUGGUGCAGGUGCAGGUGUGCAGAUCAGAGGGCCAGGCAUUGCAUUGGCUUCAGACACCCACACCCACCAACUUUUCCUCUCUUCCCCUUUCUCUUUUCACAGUGUCUUUAUUUAAUGCACUCUUCUUUGGGUUCUCAAGUUUUAUGGGUUUCCGCAGAGUUGUCAGAGACAAAGCGCUGCCAAAAACAGGCAGCUUGCUCCUGCCACCCAACGCAGCAGCUGCUUGCCUGCAGCAGGCCAGGCAGUCAUAAUAUGACUACAGUCCCCACCUCCUACUCUCCCUCUGCUCUGCACCAUUAUAUCUUGUCAGGCAGGCAGGCAGGCAGCUGCACCACCUCCACCAUUAUCAAUCAGCAGCAGCAUUAGUUUCUAAUCGUUCUUUCUUUUCCCUCUGCAAGUAUGCUUUCUUUCUUCCCUUUCUUCCCUUUUACCUUCCCUCCCUUCAAUCACACAAAAGAUUCUGCAAAGCUCAAACGGUCCCUGAAAUAAAUAUACCUACUCUACCUCCUCUUCUCUAUUUCCCUUCUCCUUCUCCUACUUCUUCUUCUAUCAACCUUUUAAGUUCUUCAUAUAAUAAAGUGGGGAAUCUCAAAUCAAACACCAAAACCCAAUUCCCUUUUCUCCUUCCAGUAGUUCAGUCCCCCCGCUUCUCUUCUUCUUAUUAUCCUUCUCUUCUUCUUAUUAUCUGGUAUUCUUGCUCUCCUGCUGCGCGUGACGUGAUGAGCGGAAGAAGCAGCAGGUUCCCCUUCACUGCAAAUCAAUGGCAAGAGCUAGAGCAUCAAGCAUUAAUCUUCAAAUACAUGGUAUCAGGAAUCCCCAUCCCACCUGAUCUCCUCUUCACCAUCAAAAGAAGCUCUUCUUCCUCUCCUUGCAGCAGCUUCGACUCCGCAGUUCUCUCCUCCAAGCUCUUCCCUUCUCAAUCUCCCCACGUGGGAUGGAGCUGCUUCCAGUUGGGUUUGGGGAGGAAAAUAGACCCGGAGCCAGGGAGAUGCAGAAGAACCGACGGCAAGAAAUGGAGGUGCUCGAAAGAGGCAUACCCAGAUUCCAAGUACUGCGAGAGACACAUGCACAGAGGUAAAAACCGUUCAAGAAAGCCUGUGGAAGUUGCUGCUGCUACUAAUGCUACUACUACGACCCUAUCAAUGACCAACAACAAGAACUCAACAUCAUCAUCAUCAUCUCCAACACUAGCCAACCAUUCCUCCCCUUAUGCUCACACCUCCCUUUCGUUGCUCUCUUCUUCUUCGGCUGCUGAUGACCACCAUGAUCAUCGUCUUCACCAAUCCCACUACCAAAAUCCUCCUUCUACUUACAACCACCAUCACCUACUUUCUCCCUCUCACCCAUCCGUCGCUGCUCGGCACCGCCCUCCCGACUCCACCAGCUUGCUUCUCGACUCUGCUGGGUACUGCUCCCUCACCACCGCGGAUUUCAGGAGCCGGAGCAUUUACGGGCUGAAAGAAGACGUCGAUCACGAGCGCGCAUUCUUCUCGGAGACAUCUGGGUCGAUGAUGAGAAGCGCCUCCGACGACCCAUGGCGACUGAGUCCACUGGGUAUCAACUCCUCGUCGUCGUCUUCAUCUUCCUCGUCGUCUUCGAAACAGAGGAGCUCGUCUGGGCUACAGAGCGAUUACUCGUACCUCCAGCUUCAGAGCAACCUGCAGAGCGAGGAGAGUUAUUCCACCAAGCAAAGUAACCAUGGGGACGGCAAGGGUCAAACCAUGCUCAGGUUCGACAGAGGAGGAGGAGGAGAAGAGCCCCAAAAGACAACGGUUCAUCGAUUCUUCGAUGAAUGGCCGCCCAAGAACAAGGAUCAGUCGCCGUCAUGGCUCGAUUUGGACAGCAGCACCAGGCUCUCCAUCUCCGUCCCCAAUUCAUCGUCGCUCGACUUCCCAAUCUUCAACUCCAGAGCCCAUCAUCAUCAUUGAUUAACGCUAAUCCUCCAUGGAUAGUUGGAGUGUUCUUCUUUUCUUUUAACUUUUUGCUUGUACUUGUGUUCCAGUUGGUGGUUGUGGACUUGUGGUGGAACAACCCUUUUGUAUUUUAUUUUGGUGGUUAGGUCUAAUCGUCUCAACAAUAUUCAGUUUCGGGGUAUAGCUACGCGUAGUCCAGAAGUGACUGCUACUCCCGUAGCAUAUAGUCCGAUGUUACAAUGUAUUAAUGUGUGUAUGUAUAUCUUAAGAGUGGUAAGACGAUUGGCCUAUAACUUCCUCGCGCAAGACGUAAACUAGAUCACGAAUACAAAAUUUUAAAUCCUGGAUUCGUCUCCGGGCGUGUGUAUUUGUGCAUGUAUGUAUCAAUCAGAAUCCAUGUAAUUGGAAUUUGCCUAACAAUUUAUGUGAUGUGGGGAUUGGAAGAGGAUCCUAUGUAUGUUUGUCUUACACUUAAUGUUGUUGUCAUGUUUCAGUUGAGAGCACAUUCAAAAGAAUUAAGAUGGGUAGAUAGAUUGAAUGACAGACAGACCAAAUCUGUACUAUGUUUUUGUUUGUUUGUUUGUUUA